GGCACCAUAUGUCCAUGGUGGGCGCCGGAUGGAUGUUCAUGCGCUAUAAUCCAUAUAUGCCCACCUGCGCUAUCAUACCCAUUGUUAAUGGCUUUAUACACGUAGUUAUGUAUGGGUACUAUGCGUUGUCCGCUUUGGGACCACAGUAUCAAAAAUACUUGUGGUGGAAAAAGUACAUCACUCAGAUACAAUUGACUCAGUUUAUUAUACACGUGGUGUGGUUUACGAUUGUAUGCAUUAAGCAGGUUGAUUUGCCCUUGGGCUAUUUGGUCGCCAAUCUCGGCAACGCUAUCGCACUCUUCACACUAUUUGCAAACUUUUAUUUCCGGGCGUAUAAUACAGAGGAGAAAGUCUCAAAAUCCGAU